UGACAAAUGCAUUAUGGGAUUGAACAUUCCUCAGUAGCUGUCCUUCUUUUAAUUAUUUAGAAACAGAACCAAAGGCCACAAGUAUCUUAUAUACAAAUUUGCAACAGUUGUGUCCAUAAAUAUAUUCAAAUCUGGUAGAUAAUGAACCGGCUCAGUAUGAUGGAACAGGUGCAUCUGGCUGGCGAGGAGGAAGAUGACAUGUAUUCUGGCUUCAACGAUUACAAUGCAACACUGGAUGUUGAGGAUUUAGCUCAUGAUGAAAACUUCCAAAAAGCUGUUUUGCGGACUAGCCAUGGCAGAAGGCCUCCCCCGACUGGCAAAGUUCCCCUCGGCACAGCUGCGAGAUUGGGGACUGCUCAGAGAGGCCAUGUUGGACUGCCAUCUUCCAUGGGAGCACGACCAAUCACAGGAGCUGUUCAGAGUGAUGGACAGGCUCGGCCAAUGACAGCUGUCAGAGCAGCUGGCUUUACGUCAGCUGGUACAAGAGGCCCGGGUUUUGAUCCCAUGAACCAGUCUGGCAAGGGUCCUGCUCCUCCACUGGAGCCGAAACCUGAAGACAGUCCUGAAGAAAAGAUUCGUCAGUUGGAGAAGAAAGUGAAUGAAUUGAUUGAAGAAAGCUGUUUUGCAAACAGUCGGGGAGAACUUGGGCUGGCUUUGGAAAAGGCCAAGGAGGCUGGUAGGAAGGAACGUGUGCUUGUCCGACAGAGAGAACAGCUGUCGAUGGGAGACCAGAUCAACUUGGACCUCACAUAUUCAGUUUUAUUUAAUCUGGCCAAUCAGUAUGCAGCAAAUGAAAUGUUUCAAGAGGCUCUGAAUACCUACCAAGUGAUAGUAAAAAACAGAAUGUUCAACAACGCAGGAAGAUUGAAAGUUAACAUGGGAAACAUAUAUUUUCGACAGAAGAAUUUCCCAAAAGCAAUCAAGUACUACAGAAUGGCUUUAGAUCAAGUUCCAAAUACACACAAAGAAAUGAGAACUAAAAUCAUGCAGAAUAUUGGUAUUGUGUUUGUGAAGAUGGGUCAAUACACCGACGCGAUCACAUCGUUUGAACACAUCAUGUCUGAGUCUCCGUCGUUCAAAACCGGUUUCAACCUGAUUCUCUGCUACUUCGCUCUGGGCGACCGUGACAAGAUGAGACGAGCCUUCCAGAAACUGCUCACUGUUGACCUGAAGAUCGACGACGAGGAUAAAUAUCUAGCACAUGGGGAAGACAAGCAGUACAACUUGGUGCUGGAGAUAAUAAAGAACGAUGCACUUAGGAUGAUAGAACGGGAGAAAAAAUAUGAGGCAGAACACUGUAUAAAGACUGCAGCCAAAAUAAUAUCUCCUGCAAUUGAAGCAACCUUCUCACAGGGCUAUGACUGGUGCAUUGAUCAGGUGAAGAACUCUCAGUACCUCGACUUGUCUCACGACCUGGAGAUCGACAAAGCCAUCAUGUUCUUGAAACAGAAAGACUUCCAGCAGGCCAUAGAAACCCUGAAGUCAUUUGAGAAAAAGGAUUCUAAGGUUGCCAGCACUGCAGCUACUAAUUUAUCUUUUCUGUAUUUUCUGCAACAUGAGGAAACAGACAUGUCUCAAGCUGACAAGUAUGCUGAGAUUGCCAUGUCAGCCGAUCGCUACAAUCCCGCAGCUUUAGUUAAUAAAGGCAAUGUCCUGUUUGCUCGACAUGAUUUUGAGAAAGCUCGGGAAUUCUACAAAGAAGCACUUUCCAACGACUCAUCUUGUGUAGAGGCACUGUACAACCUAGGUCUGUCUAACAAGCGCCUGACUCGCCUGGAGGAUGCCCUAGACUGUUUCUACAAACUGCACGCCAUUCUCAGAAACAGCCCCGAAGUGAUGUACCAAAUAGCAGACAUUUAUGAUCACCUUGAAGAUUCCAACCAAGCUACAGAAUGGUUCAUGCAGCUGAUUGGUGUGGUGUCGUCCGACUCGAGUAUUUUGGCCAGGAUGGGAGAACUGUACGACAACGAAGGUGACAAAUCACAGGCAUUCCAGUACUACUACGAUUCGUACAGAUAUUAUCCGUCCAACAUUCCUGUGAUAGAGUGGCUUGGUGCGUACUACAUCGACUCCCAGUUCUGUGAGAAGGCAAUCCACUACUUCGAGAGAGCCUCCAUUGUUCAACCCAAUGAGGUAAAAUGGCAUUUGAUGAUCGCAAGUUGUUACAGACGAAGUGGAAACUACCAGCAGGCACUAGAAACAUACAAGGGCAUUCAUCGCAAGUUUCCCGACAACGUCGAAUGUCUCAAGUUCCUUGUUCGACUGUGUACAGAUCUGGGGAUGAAAGAUGCUCAGGAAUAUGCAACCAAACUGAAAAAGGCAGAAAAAGCCAAAGAACUUCGAGACCAGCGAGCAACAAGUGGAACAAGACGAGGCAGUGGUCGAAGGCGUGAUGGAAGUGCUGGGAGUGACCGCGAGGGAAGUGCUGGUGCCACACGGUCGUUUAGCGGCAAGGGUCAGAGAACAGCCGCGGUUAGGAAGCGGCCAACAUUUGAUGAAAAUGAAGAGCAAGCACCAUACCAGACGAGUAAAACACAAGAAAUUGAUGCAUCAUACUACGAUCCCCUUGGGCCCCAGAUGGAACGACCUAGAACCGCAGCAGCAAAACGAGAUCCGCAUCACGAUGAGUUUGGAGAUGAAGAAUUGGGAGAAGACUUUCUUCCCGAAUAAUGUGUUUCGUUUUGUACCUACGUCCUUUUACAAUGAUUCAAGUUCAUUCCACUGUGAUUUCCCAUCAUGUCUAAAAUGUUAGACAUUAGAAUUGAAGAUGAGACUUGGGGAUGACUUGUUACUCGAAUUACAUUGUUUUCACUUUGUAUAUCAGUCUUUUCUUCCGUGAAUUGUUUCAUGAUGAACUAGUAGACAACUUUCUCAAAUAACAUUUUAUUUCACUUUGUACUUUGUACAUCCGUCAUUCAUUGAAAUUCCAUUCUACCAUGGUUUCCCACAAAAUGUAAAAUGUGCAGACAUUAGUUAAUUAGAGUUUGGAGAAAUACUUUCAUCUCAAUACCCCCGUCUGUGGGAUGGUGCAUAUAAAAGAUCCCUAAUCAGAAAGAGUAGCCCAUGAAGUGGCGACAGCGGGUUUCCUCUCUCAAUACGUGUGUGGCCAUAUAACUGUAAAUAAAAUGUAUCGUUAAAUAAAACGUCUUUUUCUUUCAUCUGAAUACUUUCCAUGGUUUUCCUGUUCCCAUUUGUAAGAUAAAAUAAAGUUCACAGACUGGUUAAUGAUUUCUGGGUUUGAAGUCAAAAACUUGGAACAGGAGUUGUGAAAUAUUUUACAUGUAUGUCAGUCUUACCAGAUUUCAAUGUGUAACAUAAACUGUUUUACAUGUACGUCAGUCUUACCACAUUUCAAUGUGGAGGAGAUUGCAUUUUAGCUAAAUUAUAAAUAAUUUAUUGCUUAUAUCUGUCCACAAGGUUUUGUGUCAGUUGUCCACGAUACUGUGAUUUGUUUGUAAUGUACAAACUGUUAGAAUCUGGUUUGUGUAAUAUAUCAACUGUGCAUGUCAUGUCGUGUUUAUACAAUAGCUUAAAAGAUGUUGGUUGUCUGCGUGUUAUUCAGUGUUAUUUAUGACCAGACAUGACUUAUAAUUGUUAACCAUUUGUUUAUAUAUAUAUAUAUAAAGUUUUUUGUUUAAUAAAACCUUUCUGUAUGUCCAA